AUGCGUGUCUCCAAUAAGUGCUUGAAAUGGCUGCGACGGUUUUAUGCGAGUGUGCCAUCGGAAGAGGUGAAUCUUGUCGAAAUAGGUCAGAAAUGGAAAUCGAAAGUUUUGAAAGGUCCACCAAUGUCAAUUGCUGGCGAAGCUAAGAAAAAAUAUAUUCUGACCAUGUUCCCUUAUCCUUCUGGCUCAUUACACAUUGGGCACUUACGAGUGUUCACCAUUACCGAUGCUUUGAAUCGGUUUUACAAAUUGAAUGGAUAUCAAGUUUUACAUCCGAUGGGGUGGGAUGCGUUUGGACUACCAGCGGAAAAUGCAGCUAUCGAACGUAAAAUAGGACCAGCUUCCUGGACGGAACAAAAUAUAGCAAAAAUGAAGCAACAGAUGAAUUCAAUGCUGGCCAAUUUCGAUUGGGACCGCGAAGUCACCACUUGUAGUCCAGAGUACUAUAAGUUUACACAGCAGAUCUUUUUGGAGCUUCACAAGCACGGAUUGGCCUACCAAAAAGAUGCAGAGAUCAAUUGGGAUCCUGUAGACCAGACUGUUUUGGCAAACGAGCAAGUGGACUCUCAGGGAAGGUCAUGGAGAUCGGGUGCGGUAGUAGAAAAACGGAGAUUGAAACAGUGGUUCUUGGGUAUUACCAAAUUUGCUCACAGCUUACAAAAAGAUUUGCGAAUGCUUGAUGAGUGGCCCCAAAAUGUCAAAACAAUGCAGAAAAACUGGAUUGGAGAGUCAUUUGGAACUGAGGUGACUUUCCCACUUUCUCAAGAAAAUUGUGAUCAAAUCAAAGUCUUCACAACACGAGUAGAGACUAUUUUCAGCGUGCAAUACCUUGCGUUAGCCACAACACAUCCCUUGGUACAAAAACUGGCACUGUCUGACCCAGAACUGAAAAAGUUUCUAGAAAGUGCAGAGUCUUUAUCAGAAGACUCAAAAGAAGGAUUUAUUCUGAAAGGUAUUCACGCCCAGAAUCCUCUUAUGUCGUCAUCUAAGGCUCAAGUGCCAAUUUUUGUUGCACCUUACGUGCUAAGUACCUACGGGCAUGGUGCAGUAAUGGGUUGUCCUGCCCAUGAUGAACGCGAUUUUGCAUUUUGGAAGCAUAACAUGCCUAACGUCGAGAUGAGGGCAACCAUUGCACCAAAGAAUGACGGCAUCGAAGCAGAAGUGAAAAUUCCAUAUGUAGGCAAAUCAGGCGUUUUGCGUUGCCCUGGUACUGAAUUUGACGGCAUGGACUCGCAAGAUGCUUCAAAAGUUAUAACCAAGGCGCUAGAAAUUAUAGGAAAGGGGAAAGCGACUGUGAAUUACAGGCUGAGAGAUUGGCUUAUCAGUCGCCAAAGAUUUUGGGGUGCCCCAAUACCAAUAAUUCAUUGCCACGACUGUGGUCCAGUUCCAGUUCCGGAACACGACCUACCCGUGAGACUACCAGCGGUGGACGCUUUAGUGGGCAAGGGCAAUCCAUUGGAAACCAUGGAUGGGUUCAUCAAUACAACUUGUCCUUCUUGUGGUUCUUCUGCCAAGAGAGAAACCGACACGAUGGACACCUUCAUGGACAGUUCUUGGUACUUUUUCCGUUACAUUGACCCAAAUAACACGAAAGAACCCUUUAGCUUCGACGCCGCAUCGAAAAACUUACCAGUCGAUCUUUACAUUGGAGGGAUCGAGCACGCGAUUCUUCACCUGCUUUACUCACGCUUCAUUUCCAAAUUUCUGGCUUCGAUUGGCAAAUGGGACAACAAGUUUGGACAUGGUGAGCCGUUCAAAAAACUCGUAACUCAGGGGAUGGUGCAUGGGAGAACUUUGAUAGACCCCGAUUCCGGUCGCUUUUUGAAGCCAGACGAGGUCAUGUCAACGGAUGAUGAUGCUUUCACGAUAAAGGCAUCUGGACAGAAACCGCUGAUUGUUUACGAAAAGAUGUCCAAAUCGAAAUUCAACGGUGCAGAUCCUGAUCAGUGCAUAGAAGCGCAUGGCGCCGAUGCAACGCGAGCUCACAUUCUCUUUCAAGCACCAAUCAGCGAUAUAUUAAGUUGGGACGAGGGUAAGAUUGUAGGCGUCGAGCGCUGGUUGCAUAAAGUUAUAAAACUAGUCCGCAAAGCUGCUAUGGAAGGUUCGAACGUCGAUGAUGCUGGGAAAUCAACGGGGGGCAGCAACGAGAUUGAAUUUUUUAACGAUACCCAAAGGCUGCUUCAGAGUAUAACGUUUUCUUUCAAAGAGUCUUUGUCACUCAACACUGUAGUCUCUGACUACAUGAAGUUAACGAACCUAAUUGAGAGCGCCUAUUACUCCAAGCUGGCCAGUUCGGAAUUGUUGGCAAAAUCAUUGAAAAUCCUAAUAUCAUCGAUGUACCCAGUGGCACCAACAGUAGCGGAGGAGGCCCAUUCUAUUCUCUCUGAACGCAAAGAAUAUCAAUGGAAUCUGUAUGUUUGGCCUGAAGCAGAAGCCAUCAAAGAGUCAGAGCUUGUGAAUUAUCAAAUUGUAAUCAAUGGGAAGAUGCGCUUUACACAUAACGCAGCCAAAUCCUUUAUUGAUGACAAAGAGUCAGCCAUAAAGACGCUUCUUUCACUGGAAGGCGGUCAGAAAUAUUUGUUCGGGAAGUCUAUCGAAAAGGUCAUCACAAGAAACAAAGUCAUAAGCUUCGUUGUUAAAUAG